AUGGACUUUAAGAAGACCAAAUAUGGAAGAUUUAUGAACUGCAGAGUGCCGCCCAGUAAAAGAUACCAGCCCACUGAAUACGAACAUGCAGCCAACUGUGCCACACAUGGAUUCUGGAUCCUCCCCAGCCUGGUUGGCGGGUCGGUGCUGUACUUCCUGUCUGUGGACCAAUGGCAUCGUGUCGCCGCCUGGCUCUAUGGAAGCGGCCUAACUGGACUCUUCGUCACCUCCACCCUGUUCCACACCGCGGCCUGGAAAAUUGGCCAUCUCCGGAAAGUCGAGCAGCGGUUCCACAUGUGCGACAGAAUGGCCAUCUACUUCUUCAUCGCCGCCACCUACUCCCCUUGGCUGAUGCUGCGCGAGCUCGGACCCUGGGCCUGUCACAUGCGCUGGCUGAUCUGGGUCAUGGCCUGCGUGGGGUCCUUAUUCGUCUUCUUCUUCCAUGAGAGGUAUAAGCCGCUGGAGCUGUUGGGAUAUGUGUCCAUGGGUGCAGUGCCGGCUUUGGUCAUUCUGUCUAUGGUGGAGCGUGCAGGUGUGUGUGAGCUGGCAGUGGGCGGAGUCUUGUACAUGGUGGGCGUGGCCUUCUUCAAAAGCGACGGCGUGGUCCCGUUUGCCCAUGCCAUCUGGCACCUGUUUGUGGCAGCUGGUGCAGGCGUUCACUAUUACGCUAUAUGGAAGUACCUGUACGUGCCGGGGCCCCUGCUGCAGACCUCCCGGUAA